UCUUCGUUUGAGGCGAUGUCGGGUCGCCAUGGGGCGAAGUGGUAGUGCAAUGGAGUUGUCAGCAACGUUGCUGGUGCUCCUUCACCUGUCGAUGCACGUCGUCGAUGAGGGACAUGCGGUCAAUCCUAGUUGUUCAUGUAUCCGCUACACGUCGACGUAUGGCAAGGAGCGCGGCACGUUCAGCAGCCCCGACUACCCGCGCCCUUACCCGCCUCACAUCGACUGUCUCCUCUACACCUUCGUCGCGGCGCCCCACGAGAUUGUCGAGCUCGUCUUCACCGACUUCGACAUUUUCAAGGACCAUCUUGACUGUACUCGAGGAGACUACCUGAAGGUGUACUGGGAGGUCCAAGGUCCAGGGCCUCCUGGAGCUAUCAACGAGCGUUCAGCCUGGGCUAGGGAGCUCUGUGGCAGCAGAGCUGAUGCCCCACCAGCCCUCUACUCUCCAGGACCUUCGCUUGUUUUAGAGUUCCAUACUGGAGCGAAGCAGAACAACGCUACAGGUUUUGUUGGAACCUACAGUUUUAUUGAUAGACGUAUCUUCGACACGGACGGCGUGCACGUUCCGGGUACGGAAUGCGACUUCCAAUUCAGCCGGUCCGGGAGCCGUCCGACACACGGCCGGUUGUACAGUCCCCGGUACCCGUCCAUCUACCCCAAUAAUGUGCGCUGUUCCUACCAUUUCCAUGCCAGACCAAAAGAACGCGUGAAAAUUGUAUUCGAAGAAGUUGCUCUCCAAAAAGGUGACAUCAGUUGCCUGCGCCGUGCGGAUAUCAUCAAAGUGUUUGACGGGAGGGAUACUAACUCGCCAGCCAUUGCGAUGCUGUGUAACGAGCUUACAGGCUACGAGGUGCUGUCGACGGGCCCAGCGCUGCUCAUCCAGUUCACCGCCAACUCGGCUACACCAGGCCAGGGGUUCGCAGCCACAUUCCUCUUUCAACCACCACCCGACUCAACUGCUGCUGAUUCAGAUCGCCUACUUAAGCUGAGUUUUGGCAAAGCUUUCGAGUCUCUGGGGCCUGAAGUAAGCGCCACAACUUCAUCAUGUCAUCAAGAAUUCAGCAGCGACGGCACAAAACACGGCACAUUAACUUCACCGCACUACCCAUCACCAUAUCCUCCGAACACUCAUUGCCACUACGAAUUUUUCGGGAGGGGCAAAGAGCGAGUUAGAUUAAUAUUUCAAGAUUUCUACUUAUACAAAUCUGCUGAUGGAUCUAUUGAUUGUACAAGCGUGGAUUCGUUACAAGCUUUCGUCAACGUGGACGGGCGGUUAGAAAAGGUAGAGACAUUCUGUGGUAUCGACCUCCCGAAGCCUAUUAUGUCGAAUGGACCGAAACUAAUGCUGGAAUUCCGUGGAACGCAGUCAUCAAGAUACUCGAGAGGAUUCAAAAUAUCAUAUUCAUUUGUAGAAAAUUUCGGAAUAAACACAGGGAGACAGUUGAAGGAGUUUCCAUGUGCGUUCGUAUAUAAUAGUAGUGAGGCGCACAAUGGUACAUUUGCGUCCCCAAACUCGCCGGGACCAUAUCCAAGGGAUACAGAAUGUACAUACUUCUUUCACGGUGGCGAGACUGAGAAAGUGCAUCUGCAUUUCACGAAUUUUGACGUUGAAGGAGUUUUACCAUGCCAUGCAGUGUCGGCGAGUGAUUAUGUCGAAUUUUCAAACUAUAUGACUGAAGACAAUAGAUUCGGUAGAUAUUGUGGACAAAUGAAAGAGUUCCACGUAGAGUCUGAGAGGAAUUUCUUCAAAGUAACUUUUAGGUCGAACGACCGAUUAGAUGGUACAGGUUUUAAGGCAAUCUAUCAGUUUUUAGAAGCUACUGAUGAAUACCGAGCUCCACCUGUACAGGAUAAGGCUUCACAUUCUUUAUGUAUAUUUGACCAUUUUCUAAUGCUGCUCAUCCUCGCAAUACCACAGCUGCAUCAUCAACUAUAUCAUUAAAUAAAGUGAUAUUAGAUUAAAUAUUAUUAAAUAAAAAUAGUUUAUAAUCCUGUAUAUUUUGUAUAAUAGUAUGUGCCAUACACCUGUAAUUACGUAGAUAUGCAAUAUUUUCUAUAAAAUCGCGUCUUAUUGUUUUCUUCUAUUGUCUACCAACUUAAAGCAAUACCGUACGAAACACAAUAAAGAUUUAUUC